CUUCACAAGAUUCCGCGCACAUAUUUUUCGAAUUUGCUGACACUCUUCAACGAACUCGAUGAAUGCAACGGACUAGACCUUUACCCGACUGUCAUCCCGAGUUUUCUGUUAUACAAUGGUCCAGUUUCCGGGAGUAUCGUGUUGAGAACUGGCGACUUGCUCGGGAUGGGAGCGGGAAUGUUGUUCGCGGUGCAACAUCAUGGGGGUGGAUUGACCUUUGUCUGCCCGUGGUCUUUUCAUUCAUAUGGUCAAGGUUUCGCGGCAGCACCAUGUUGUGUGCAUUCACAAUCUUGGUAGUUGGGUUCACCGCGUACUGUCGUUGUGCACAAGUUCUUCAUGAAUCUGUGCUAGUUUUCCCAGCCUAUGGUAUACAGCUCGAGACGCAUCGGGGAUACCCUUCGCUAAAGCCGUUCUUCGUGUCUAGGCGGUUUAUUCACGCAUCUCGAUUAGAAGACUUCAUCAUAAAUGAAGGUUUAAGAAGAUGGAACGUCCGCUAUUAUCUGGCUGCUGUGCACGGGUCCAGCACGGACAAGAUUACUAUAGAUGUCGCAUUUGAGAAUAUUUUGCCACACUUUCCUGUCCUCCUGGAAGUCUAUCAAGGAGUGCAAGAACUCAUGUUCUACAACCACACGGACUAUAUGCAUACCCGCAUUUAAUAUACCCUCUAUUUUGUCGAUCAAAAACAAUUCUUUCCAUCACGCAGCGUUCUGGGUCUA